ACUUUAUUGUGCAGUUUUUUCUCCAAGUUGACAGAGGCCUACAACUGCAACAGGUACGAUCACGAUCAAAGCCUACAGUUGUGAUCCACUAAACUCAAAUGUGCUCUGAGAGUUUCUUAUUAGGAGAAAAGUGUUUUCUACAAGAGCUGGAGUGAGUCACCCACUCUGAAAUACUUCCUUAUUUGAGCCGGAAACACACACACUGAAUGUGUUAUCAUGGCCUCGGUGACUCCAUCCCGAAUGAAGACUAUCAAGGAAAGCAUGCACUUCUCUUCAAGAGUCCAGUUUUAUAAGACUUAAAGAGCAUGCGGUUCUUUUGACUUCAGAACGUCGGUCGGCAAGUACAACUGAAGAUGAGUCAUGCGGACCGGGAAAACCAGGGGACGGGACUGGGAGAUGUUUUUGACAUUCUGCUGAAGACGUCCUCGGAGCGAUUGAUUAGCCUAACAUUCCAGUUGGGCGAGUCUCCCGAAGACAUUAUCAUACAAGCUUUGUGUCUGAUCAUUCUCCAGAAAGAAGCACUGGCCCUGGGCAAACUCCAGAUGCUGAAGGAGAACCCCCUCGCCAGCCAUCUGGCGGAAAAGUGGCACUCAAGUGGGGGUAAAUUAGAGGAUUUCUCAGUCUAUUGUAGUCAGUUUCAAGCACAGACGGGCAACUCUUUGAUAGCGUUGGCUCGUAUGUUUAAAAUCUUAUCAGAGAAGAGGUUGUGUGAUCAAAUUCAGAGAAAUCUGGCUUAUAAGCGAGCUCUCGCAAGUGACUGCUUAAAGAGUACACACUGCGACUACCUGCAAUGUCAUCGUUUCAGAGAAGAAGCUAAAGUUGUUUGCGGGCCUCAGUUUGCAGAGUGGAUGUUCUCUUCGACUUUCCUCAACUCAGGAUCUUUCCCUGAUGCCAACGGUAACUUAGAUGAGGGAAAUACCACUUUAAGAGUUAAAGUGUCUCAGGAUGAGUCAGCGGGCUUUCAGCUUCUUCCAAAUCCUCUCCAGGAUAGUCCCUCGGAGCCGUCGUAUCCGUCUCAUCUGGAGAUAAGUUUUCCUCCUACAGCGUCCUUCCAAGGUGACAAAGCAGCUCCAGAAACGGAUAACCUUAUGCCUAAUGUUCCUGAAAGCACAGCCAAAACUACACCUGGGGAACAUCAGUCACUUGAACAUCAACCCAGAUCCACUGGAUCUCCUCAGUCUGGAGAGGAAAAAGACUCAACGAUGGUUGAAACCUUAGCAACAAGGGACAAUAUGCUGAAAAGCUAUGAGAGUCCAAACGAGGAAAGUCCAAAUCCAUCGCAGGCACCCAGCACAGAAACAAAAGUGUCCUUACCAUCUUCAGAAAACAUUAUUCUACCAAAGAUGCCUUCUGAAAGGGAAAUGCAUGAAAGUAAAUGUGCAGAAGAGGAGGAAGAGGAGGAAGAGUUUUAUGCAUUUGUUAUCUUGCAUGCUCCAGAGGACGUAGAUGUGGCCGAGAGCAUGAAAGAAAAUUUUGAAAGCAUCAUUGGAAGCACCGGUGCAACUUUUACUGAGGACUUUGCCAUCCCUGGGAAGAGCACUCUUAGGUGUGUGGAGGAUGCUGUCAACAACUCAGCAUUUACCUUCCUGCUGCUUACCCACAACUUCAACACAAAAAUGCUGGAAAUGAAGACAAACAUUGCCCUUAUCAACUCCAUCAACAAAAAACAUAAAUUCAACACAGUUAUCCCUCUGCUGCCACUGAAGAACUGCAUGCCCAGACAGAGCGUCCCUAUAGUUCUGCAGACUUUAGUUGCACUGGAUGAGAAGAAGAGCCUUGAGAAGAAGCUGCAGAAGGCACUGUCUCCAGCAAAAAUUGCAACACAUAAAAGAAUCUGGAUGAAGGAGCAGAAAGCCAAAAUUCAGAAACAGAAGGAAGAAGACAAGAUGAGACUUUACAUGGAACAAAAUCUUCAGAUCGGUGCCAGAUUCCAACCAGAUCAAGGUGGUGGAGACGGCAGGCCUUGGUGGCCACAGCAGUCUAACAUUCAUAUUGAAAAUGCUAACUAUAUUAUGAUCGGUAAUGACUCAACAAUGACUGUGGACCGUAGUGGAAGUGUAGACAAAGAUGAUUAAAUUUACACUGAGGAGAGGGAAUAAAGUAAAAAAUGAUUUUCCGUGGUGUUUUGUUAUCAGUUUUAAGUUUUUGUUUUCUGAACACUAAAAUGUAAAAGCUGUCGGGAUUGUAACUGCAAAACGUUUUAAUGCAUUCAAAACUACUUGUGAAAGAUUCAAUAAAAUUGACAAAAAGAGUAAGUAAUUUCUAGAGACAUUAAAAG